UCUCUCCCUUACAGCCACAUCUGAGGACCUGCUUCAUUCACUCCAGCUGCACAGGUUCUAUAGCCAGUGAAAAAAGAGAGAAAGGGGGAGAACAGAAGAGGUACAAGAGAAUAUUAGCAGCUGCUGGAGAGGGGGAAGAAGACAGGAGGUGAACAAGAGAGGGUUUCUGUUCAGUGUGUUGCUUUGAGUCAGGGUGCGAGGGUAAGGUGAAGAAGAGAUAAGACAAGUCUUCAGGAGCGGGACCACUCAGGAAGUUUCCUUCAACCUCCAAGGAGGUUUUUAGUGAUCUUCGGCAGAGACCCCUACUUUCUGCUGGGAGUCAGACCCCCAGGAUCCAAAGUCAUGGAGCCCUCUGUGUCUACCCAGGUCGAGGAAAAGCCCAAGGAGAGGAAGAAGAUCCAAUUUGCUGUGACAACUGAGGUGGAGGAGAAGCCCAAGGAAAGGAAGAAGAUCCAAUUUGAUAUGUCAUCUGAGGACGAAGACGAGCCCAAGGAGAGGAAGAUCCAUUUUGAUAUGCCGGCCUCUGUGCCCUCCAACCUGGACCCUCGGCAAGUGGAGAUGAUCCGGCGCAGGAGGCCAACACCUGCCACGCUGUUCAGAGUAGCCGACCAAUCAUCUCCCGAGGAUGAUCAGUCCACCCAUCAGUGGGUCGUAGGAGAGAACGGAGUACUCAAACCAAAACGUGUCAACCCAAAUGUGUAUCAGCCUCCAUCACUCAGAGCUGUGCAGAAGAUGGCCGAAGCACAUAUGCAGCACCUAGGUAUCUACCCCCCCUUGGAAGACCCUUGUGAAGGGGAGGAGGAGGAGGACGGCUGGCAGGGAGAGGACACAUCUCCCACCCAAGCUGCUGAUCACACAGAGACGACAACCGAGCAGUCAGACAAGUUCUCCAGCGUGAGAGAGACAGCCAAAGAGAUCCAGGCAGCACAAGAGGAAGAGAGGGAGGAAGAGGACGAGGGUGAAGAGAAGGAAACGACAGAGGAGAGCAGGCGGGGAAUUAACUGAGAGAGAGAGAGAGGGGGAAGAACUGGGGGGGAGUGAAGGUGUUUUAUGAAAUGGUUCAAAGCUAAAGACCUCAGAUGAGAUCAGGAAACGGGUGUGUGCUGUUUGGUGGAUGUGAGGAUGAGAGCUGAAUGAAAUCAAACAUGAGAGUGAGCAAAGAUCUCUGUUCACCUCUAAAGAUUGAAAGGGAAAGGUGGAUUAAAGAGAGGACAGAGAGAAGUCAGCCCUCAUGAGCAGGUGAGGAAUUAUCUGCUGACUGAGCAGUAAUGUCCCUUUGUUUAUAAUGAGAGUGGAGGGACAACAAGGUCAACAUGACCAAAUACCCUGACCAACAAGACCAGUCCUCCCUCAUACCUUAAUGCUUCUACACAAAGAUACAUGUUUCUCUAAAGAUGAUAAUUAUUACCACAAUAAACACACUCACAUAUAUUUGUCACAGAAUCUGUCUCUUAGAAGACCCAUGCAAAAAAAAGCCUAUACAUACGUAUGGUAUGAUGCAAAUUUAUUUUGAAACAUCAUUGUUAUGAUUUGCAUAAAACGUGCUUGUGCUGCCAUCUUGUGGUUGAAAUGGGAUUGACAGUUUCAAAGUGAUACUCCAGCUAAUAUCGAUCUUAAAUACAUUACAUUUAUUAAAAGGCAAUCUAGUAUCAGUACAUAUUUAAUAAAAUAUAGAUACUGAAAACACUUGGAGUAUCACUUUACGUAAGACUUAAUAAUAAGCUCCAAAAUGUUUUGUCUAUAACUGUGUUAAAUCCAAGAGCCAUUGAGUGUGUUUGAAUAUUUCAUACCAUAUUUUUUACAUUUGAGUAUACUUUACUAAAUGAAUCCUAAAAGGGCAAAGCUACCUCUAAUUAGAUGGAAAUACCAAACAGUUGCUUUCAUGCAUCACACAUUUAUUAAACUGGAUUCAUUGUGAACUGACACCAUGUAAAGAAGAACAAAUAUUUUAAAUUAUAAUACUGUUCACUAAUUUCAGGCUAAAAAAUUCCCUUUUGUAUGUCAUCGCUUUUCUAUUGUCAUCUUUUUAAAUGUAUGUUAGGAUCUGUUGUUAAAGCUAUUUUUCUAAUCUAACGUCCGGUGUAUGAGUAGCUCAGCUCUGUCCUGUUUCCACUCUCUAUAUCCAACUUGCAAGCCGAAAACCAGGCACUGUGGUUACUGUAUAACUGACAUUCUAGCAAUGCUCUCUUUUUAACAACAUAUUGACUGUCUCUCUUUUCUAAGGUUUUUUAAAUCAGCAUCUGAUCUGAUUUCCAGUUUAGCUGAAUAUAAAGGAUUUGUUAUUUUAGUGCAAAGGAUUCCAGUUGUGCCACAAUAAUUAAAUGUUUGUUUCCUCUGAGCUGCGGUUUGUAAAUAAAAAGUCCGUGAAACUUGGACCUCUGUCCUGCCCAAAUGAUGGGAUGAAUGGAUGAGGCUCUGCAGCUGACUCUCUGUCCCCCUCCCCUCUCCACCGGGUCAGAAGAACUCUGGAAAGACUUGUAUGAACUAUUAUGUUUAUUCUGUCUUUAUUUUAUUUUUCCAUUCUCUUGCUUUCUCAAUGUGAUGCUUUUGUUUUUAAAAUAAACAACUUAUCCUUUUUCUCCUUCAAACAGA